UCUGCUUCCGGUCUGUCUAAAAUCUAUUUCGACAUACGCACUUACAAAGUGUCAAGAGUUUAACAUGAGCUCCGGUUCGACGUGUGCAGUUUCGGGCUGCUACAACAACUCGAAAAAACUGAAGAGUUUUCAAGAAAACAUCUGUGAAGAGCACCAGAGAACCAGGAGUGAAUGUCCGUGCCCCGCGCCGUACGCCUUACACUGUAUGCCGUCGAAAGAUGACAGCAAACAGGCUUGGCUCGCGGCUCUGAAAUUAAAAAAUCCUCCGAAGCGAGUUUACGUGUGUUCGUUUCAUUUCGUCGAUAAAAAGCCCACAGAGCUGCAUCCGGACCCUGAGCUCUACCUGGGUCACAACCGCCCUCAUCAAGGCAGACGAAAACAACUUCAUGAAGCUGACGGACUCGGUGAGAAGAUGUCGGAAGACGCAGUGCGUCAGACACGUAGUCAGAAGCGGGCGCUGGAGCGAGAUGCUCCUGCUUCGGAGGGCGACUUGAAGAGGGUCAAGCUGGAGGGAGGAGAGCUGGGAGCUGUAGAUGGACUGAAAACCAAAAGCGAGCAGGCCAACAAGGAGGCUAACAUCCUGCGGGCCGGGGAGGUGAAGGCCACCAUCAAGAUGGAGGUGCAGACCAGCGACGAGCCCGUGGACAUGAGCACAUCUAAGAGUGACAUAAAGAAAGAGCGACCUCCGACUCCAGAUGAUGUCAUUGUUCUGUCGGACAAUGAGCCUUCUAGUCCUUAUAUGAAUGGGGUCAGCCACAGUUUUAAGAAGACUGAUACUGAGAUGCUGAUGAAAAGCAGCCCGGCUGAACGUGAGCGCAUCAUCAAACAGCUGCAGGAAGAACUGCGUCUACAGGAGGUCAAACUCGUCCUGCUGAAGAAACUCAGACAGAGUCAGACCCAAAAAGAUGUUGUGCAAAAGUCGAACAAUUCUGUGGCAGCUCCGCCACCUCUCGUCAGGGGCAGCAUCUCCGCUAAAGGACCCCUACAGAUCUCCAACCGAAUCUCAGGGACAGUCAUUCCUCCUCCCCUGGUUCGAGGUGGAACGCAGGUCUCCAAGCACGGCUCCCACAACACCAUAGUGAUGCCACCUUUAGUCAGAGGCUCACAGCCCAUCACCGUGACCCCGCAGCAGAUUGCGACCCUACGGCAGCAGCAACACUCAGGUUCUGGUCCUCCUCCUCUGCUGCUGGGCACACGCAACUCCGUACCCACCGUACAGGUGCAGGGCCAGAGGAUCAUUCAGCAGGGCCUGAUCCGUGUUGCCAAUGCAAACGUCCUGGUCUCACAGGCCUCCUCAACCAGUUUGAAGAGCUCUCAGUCUGGUCUGGGGAGCAGCACCUCUAUCAAUGCCAACGAGUCUCCUGCCAGCCGGCAGGCUGCCGCCAAGCUUGCGUUACGGAAACAGCUGGAGAAAACCCUCCUUGAGAUUCCACCACCUAAACCUCCAACACCGGAGCUCAAUUUCCUGCCCUCAGCAGCUAAUAAUGAGUUUAUCUACCUGGUGGGGUUGGAAAUGGUGGUCCAGAACCUGCUAGAUACACUUGCUAAAAGUAAGCAGCCACAGACAGAGUCUGCAUCCACCCCGGCACCCAAGGAGCCCUUCACUUGCUCCCAGUGCCAGACAGACUUCACCUCACGCUGGAGGCAGGAGAAGAGCAGUGGCUCUGUCCUGUGUGAGCAGUGCAUGAGCUCCAACCAGAAGAAGGCCCUGAAGGCUGAGCACACCAGCCGCCUGAAGGCAGCCUUCGUCAAAGCCCUGCAGCAAGAGCAAGAGAUCGAGCAGCGCAUCCUGCAGCAGGCGACCUCGCCCGUCUCCAAGACCACCACCACCUCAUCUUCUUCCUCCUCAUCCUCGCCGGUGAUUAAAUCUGAUCACGUGCUGGUGUCGCCGCAGUACAAGCAGGUGAGCACGUCGCUGUCCCAGCAGACCAACAGGGGGGCGUCAAUCGGUCGAUUCCAUACCACCACCAUCAAGCAGACUCCAGGCCAGCUGUCCCGUAGUGUACAGCAGGCGCUGAGUGCAGGCGCACGCGGGGUGAGCCACAGCUUCUCCACGUCCUCCCAGCUCCAGAAUGCCGUCACGGCCGCCUCGCUGGUCAGCAGGCCAGGUAAGCACGCCAUGAGAGCAGGGGAAAAGGGCAGCAGCAACCCAACCACCAAUACCUGGAGGAAACAGAACAGCGGCACUGCAGGUGUCACCAUGGCUUAUGUCAACCCCAGUCUAUCUGUGCACAGGACGACGUCUCCGGUGGACCGUCAGCGAGAGUACCUCUUGGACAUGAUCCCUUCCCGCUCCAUUUCCCAAAUGGCAAACACAUGGAAAUAGUGCCCUAAAUAAAUAAAAAGAAAACCUGAAAAUGUCUCAUAAUUAUAAUCCUGUUUUUUUUGGACAUGGGGUCGGUUAUCCGUAUCUGAAAACCAGCCAUUAAGCAAUAAUAAAAAUAAAAAAUUAUAUAUUUUGUUCCAAGACCCUUAAUGUAAGACCCCACAAGCCAACAAGUGUCCUAGAGGAGAACUGUACCGGAUCAGCAUUCAAGGAGACGCAAGGACCUUUUCUACAGGCCUUUGUAUCUAUCUACUGAAUCCCCCCAUUACCAAAUGAGCUUUAGUGAUCUAAUACACGUCACCCACAACUCCCAAUCCUCUGCCCUCCAGGUGGAGUAAUUGCUCCAUUAUGUGAAACUAAAGCCUCUGUUAAACGUUUUUAAAGGCUCAUGGACACUUUUUCCACAGAAAGUGGAGAACACAGGACUGCAGAGUUCCUGCGUGACCCCAGGGAUUGUUUAUUGACCUUUUUGUGGACCAUCUACAUGCUAUGAGACCACUUCAGCUACGUUUUCCGAUCCACCGCGUCUCUUGAACAGAUAUGGGGAGUGUUUGUUUGUGUAUUUGAUGUCAUUGCAUUGCUUUUUGUUUUGUUUUUUAGCUUCACUGUGGAAUCCCUCUUCCCUUUCCAAAUGGCCUUUUUUUUAAAGGCUACAAGUUUAAGGAAUUGUUAUGCUGUUGAGGUGGUUAUACAUCUGCUGGUGUAGUUUGUAUUUUUAAAUACUUUGGGUUGUUUCUUUUUUUUUUCCUUUGUAAGCUUAUAAAAGACAUUAAACCAAGAAUUGUGCAUCAGGGAUGGUUACAGAGAUGGAUGUAACUAACAAAAAGCAGCAGCCUUAACAGGACUACUUCUAGACUUUCAUGUUUGAGCGAUGUCUUUAUCAGAGGAGCCUAACGGUAGCUUUUUUUCUUUUCUUUACAGGAACAAUUGAUAUAUAUUAUGUUGAGCUUUUAGUUACCAUUGUGAUGUGCUCCCCGUUAGGCUUUCUUCUAACAGCAUCUAGGUAAUAUUUGGAUGUUGUGUUAUUUAUAAAUGUCACUUUAGAUGAAGGAUAUCCUUCCCAAAUAGUUUCAAAGCCUUGUGAAUUUAAGAUUGGACUGUAUUUUAUUUUUAUUUUUAAUUUUUUUUGGUCUAAUGCACAGUUCAUUCAUGUCUUGUCUACCAUUUUAGAUCCUGUUGGAAGUCGUGCCACUUAAGUCACGGCUUGAUCUUUCCUUAAAGGAAAUGUUUGGGUUGAAAGAAUAAUUGCUUAUUGAAUGUAGCACACAAUCUUAGCUAAAUGAAAUUGAGUCAUACCUGUUAGGUGGUGGUCAUGUUAUUUUUUUUACCAUCUCUUAUUUUCCUUUCAUUUGAUUUGUUAGCAGUAAGCUCGCUAUUUUAGCUAAACCGUUAUGGUUGUUAUAUACAACAGCUUGGGUCCUUAGUCAUCGCAGUCCAGUGAACAUGUCGAGUCAGUUCUGUUUCAGUCGGUUUGUUUUUCCUUUUCUUGAGAUGAUCUGUUCAGUGAUCUUGAAUGCCUGUGGAUUGUUUCGGACACGGAGGCCCCUGUUUCUGGAUGCUGUUCUGAUUACUGCCUGCUGCUGACAACUAACACCAUUCCUUUUCCCCUUGGGAUGCUGCCGUAGCAUCUUUUAUGAAUUGUAAAAAACAAAACAACAAAAAAACUUUUUUUUUAUCUGUUUCUGCUCUGUUAAUAAUUAUAAUAAAAACUAAUUUUAACCGG